UCCGUCAACUCCUGUCAGACAUACCAGUACUCCUGGAGAUCCCACCCCCUGGCGUUUGAUUGGCCGAGAGCGUAGCAUCCCGCCCACAGCCGAGGAUGACAGAUUUGAUUUGAGAGGACAGACAGGCUGCUUGGCCAGAGCCCCCUCCUGCCUUCUGCUAUUGGCUGAGGCAGAAAGCUGGAGGGUCAGAAACUGCCACAAGGAGCAACACAGAUAGUGAUAAACAAAUAAAGUCAGAGCAGAGAGACUCAUUCACUUUCCCCUCGGACCUUCUCUGUGGAUGUUCUCAUGGGCAUCAGCUCACGGCCUCAAGCCUCAACUCCAGCGCGUUUCUGCCUCUUCUGCUCUGUUAAUGGAUUAUGGGAAUUUAACCAUGUGGCAGAUAGCUGAUCAGCUUCCCUGGAUUUCGCUGACGACACCGCUUUGUUUCGCUUGAAGAUGGAAACACUGGAGUCGGAGCUGACCUGCCCAAUCUGUCUGGAGCUCUUUGAGGAUCCGCUGCUGCUGCCCUGUGCCCACAGCCUGUGCUUCAACUGUGCCCACCGCAUCCUGGUGUCCCACUGCACCUCCAACGAGUCCGUGGAGUCCAUUAGCGCUUUCCAGUGUCCUACCUGUCGUUAUGUCAUCACCCUCAGCCAUAGAGGCCUAGAGGGACUCAAACGGAACGUCACCCUUCAGAACAUUAUCGACCGCUACCAAAAGGCGUCGCUGAGCGGGCCCAACUCCCCGAGCGAGACGCGGCGCGAGCGCGCCACCUCCUCCUCCGACGGCACCGCCAUGACGUCGCCCAGCGAGCGCGUGCAGUGCCAGUUCUGCGAGCAGGAGCCGCCGCAGGACGCGGUGAAGACGUGCGUCACCUGCGAGGUGUCCUACUGCGAGGAGUGCCUGAAGGCCACGCACCCCAACAAGAAGCCCUUCACCGGGCACCGGCUCAUCGAGCCCCUCCCCGACUCCCACCUGCGGGGCCUGAUGUGCCUGGAGCACGAGGACGAGAAGGUCAACAUGUACUGUGUCACCGACGAGCAGCUCAUCUGCUCCCUCUGCAAGCUGGUGGGGCGACACCGCGACCACCAAGUGGCGGCACUCAACGAGCGCUACGACAAACUCAAGAGAGAGGCUUGCCGCUCUCCAAGUGAGGAGAGAGAACAGGAGGAAGCAGACCAGCAAGCUCUGGAUUCUAACCUCAGCAGCCUGAUCAAGAGGAACAAUGAGCUGGAGAGCCUCAUGGGAAAGUUGAUCCAGACCUGCCAACAUGUAGAGGUAAAUGCGGCUCGACAAGAAAACAAGCUUCUUGAGGAAUGUGAUCUCCUGAUUGACAUCAUACAGCAAAGGAGACAGAUCAUCGGGUCUAAAAUUAAGGAAGGAAAGGUUAUUCGUUUGAGGAAACUUGCACAACAGAUUGCUAAUUGCAAGCAGUGUAUAGACAGAUCAUCAUCACUCAUCACUCAAGCUGAUCACACCCUGAAGGAGACAGACCACACCCGCUUCCUGCAGACUGCCAAAAGCAUCACAGAGAGAGUCUCAAUGGCUACAGCAUCAUCUCAAAUCCUGAUACCAGAAAUAAACCUGAAUGAUACGUUUGACACAUUCACAUUAGACUUCACUCGGGAGAAGAAAAUGCUGGAAAGUCUGGAUUAUCUUACAGCCCCCAAUCCUCCUAUAAUCCGAGAGGAAUUAUGCACGGCGUCUCAUGACACAAUCACUGUCCACUGGACAUCAGAUGAUGAGUUCAGUGUGGUUUCCUAUGAACUGCAGUAUGCCAUCUUUACUGGACAAGCCAAUGUUGUCAGUCUGUGUAAUUCAGCAGAUAGCUGGAUGAUCGUGCCCAACAUAAAACACAACCACUACACAGUGCACGGCCUGCAGACCGGCACCAGGUACAUCUUCAUUGUCAAAGCCAUCAACCAGGCAGGGAGCCGGAGCAGCGAGCCAGGCAAACUGAAGACCAACAGCCAGCCCUUCAAAUUGGACCCCAAGUCUGCUCACAAGAAGCUGAAGGUGUCCCAUGACAGCCUGACAGUUGAGAGGGACGAGACGUCCUCAAAGAAGAGCCAGAGUCAAGACCGGUUUAGCAGCCAGGGAAGUUAUGGAGUCACAGGAAAUGUCUACAUUGACAGCGGCCGCCACUACUGGGAGGCCCUGAUAGGAGGGAGCACAUGGUUUGCUGUGGGCAUUGCAUACAAGACUGCCCCCAAGCAUGAGUGGAUUGGCAAAAACACUGCCUCGUGGGUGCUGUGUCGCUGCAACAACGCCUGGGUGGUGCGCCACAACAGCAAAGAGAUGCCCAUCGAGCCGUCCCCACACCUGCGCCGCCUUGGCGUGCUGCUGGACUAUGACGCCGGCUACCUGUCCUUCUACGACGCUGUGGGCUCCCACCAUCUCUACACCUAUGACAUCUCCUUCAUCCAGCCGGUGUGUCCUGUCUUCAACGUGUGGAACAAGUGUGUGACUGUCCUCACAGGACUUCCCAUUCCAGACCACCUUGAGACUACAGAUUCUCAGGACUAAAAAAGAUCCAAACGUCUCCAGCACCCAACUCACAGAAUGCUCUUGCACAAAAUGACUGUGUGCUUCACUCAGCCACGGAAAAAAGACGAAUGUCCCUUCAGCUGUACAAAGUAGAGGAUGAAAAUAUACAAAGCCUUGGUUUCAGUCAUUCCUAAAACCAUACUCCUAUGGUUCAUUAGUUUCUUUAGAGGAGAUUAUUUAUUUAAAUGAAAAGCAUUGAACAACACAAUUAAACAUUGUAAAAGUUAUUUGUUUUACUUUUUGCUUUGCACAUCCUCUGUGUUUAUGCUUAGUUUCUCUGAGCCCUACAGGGAGGCCAUUUUACAUACAGUAGCUCUACUCAAGUAAGCUAAUGAGAAAUCACUAAUGAGAUGCUUUCAGUUGUUUCUCAAAUUCACAUGAUACUGUCUGUGGGUUUAUCCAUGGUCAUGGGCCUGUUUAUCAACUACUUUUACAGUUGUGGCACACUUCUCCAUCUCUACAAAUCAUUACUAUUACAGUCAAAUUCAUGACUAUUGCACCAGCAACUUCUGUAUGUGAAAAAUGAAGUGGACGUAAAUGUACUUGUUAUAUUCGUUUUGGACUCAGGAGAGAAUGGUCACAUAAUUCUUAAUAUUUUUUAAUAUCAGCUUAAAAGUCAGCUGGUAGUUUUAUAUUGGAGAAGUUAACAUACAUUUGAAAUACCUAAUACCACAUCAUAUACAGUAGGCUGUGUAAAGGAAAUGACAGAGAAACAUGACCAUGCGACAUUUAGGGGUUCCACACGAGUCACUUAUUCACAUGCUGUACUGCAGCUCAUUCUUCAAAUGAAAGAUAUUGCACUAUAUUAAAAUAUUGCUUUCAA